ACCUUGCCCUAAUUGACAGCCCGAGCGACUUGCAACACCGUUCUCUCAACCAACUCGGCGAAGCAGCCUCAAGCCACGAUGUCGCUGGCCGGCAAAAACAUCUUCGUCACUGGUGGCCUGGGCUUCAUUGGCAGCCACACCGUGCUGGUGCUGCUGGAGCAUGGCGCCACCGUGCACCUCAUCGACAACAUGGCCAACAGCUUCGAGCGUGUGUUUGAGCACAUGAAGAAGCUGGCCGGUGACAAGGCCGACAAGAUGAAGUUCACCAAGUGCGACAUCAACGACAAGGAGACCCUGACCACGAUCUUCGAGAAGGAGCACUUUGACUGCGUCAUCCACUUUGCCGGCUACAAGGCUGUGGGCGAGUCGGUGGACAAGCCGCUCGAGUACUACCACAACAACUUCGUGGGCACCGUGAUCCUGCUGGAGGUCAUGCGCGCCCACAAGUGCAAGAACAUGGUGUUCAGCAGCAGCUGCACCGUGUACGGCAUGCCCGAUGAGGUGCCCAUCACCGAGUCCGCGCCGCUCAAGGCCAUCUCCCCCUACGGCCGCACUAAGCUGUUCCAGGAGGACAUGUUCCGCGACCUGGCCGUGUCCGACAAGGACUGGCGCAUCCUGCUGCUGCGCUACUUCAACCCCAUCGGCGCGCACCCCAGCGGCGAGCUGGGUGAGCACCCCGUGGGCAUCCCCAACAACCUCAUGCCGUACAUCCAGCAGGUGGCUCUGGGCCAGCGCGAGUUCCUGCGUGUGUUUGGCAACGACUACCCCACGCCCGACGGCACCGCCAUCCGCGACUACAUCCACGUCAUGGACCUGGCGGAGGGCCACGUCAGCGCUGUGGUCAAGACCCUGGCCACCCCCGACCUGGGCUGCACGCCCAUCAACCUGGGCACCGGCAAGGGCACGUCGGUGCUUGAGAUGAUCAAGGCGUUCGAGAACGCCAGCGGCAAGAAGGUGGAGCACAAGCUGGUGGACCGCCGCCCCGGCGACAGCGUGGCUGUGUGGGCCGCCACCGAGACGGCGGAGGAGAAGCUGGGCUGGAAGUCCAAGUACGACGUGGACGACAUGUGCAAGCACCAAUGGGCCUGGGCGUCCAAGUACCCGCAGGGCUACGAGACCCCGCUGUGAGCGGCUGCAGCAGCAGCAGCAGCAGCAGGAGGGCUGUGAGGCGGAACCCGCGGAGCUGCCAGGGCUGUGGAGAUUGCAGUGUCCCAUGAAUCAUGGGAGAUUAUUAUCCUUGCAAGAAGUGCGGAGGAGGACUCGGCGUGUGCCGCCCGCCUGGCGAUAGCGCCGGCGCGGCGCCGUAGAGUUUGGGUUUGCAGGUGCAGGUGCAGGGCAGGGGUGCUGAUUGUGCACGGAAGAGCAGGUGCUUCAGGUGGUGGACGGAGUCCGGACGUGUGUGUGCAUAGUUAACUGACGCAUGGCGUUGAACCUGACUGGUGAGCUGUUUGUGGUUGCGACGAUUGACUAAAGAUUGCUAGACAAAUCGAACACGCGUAUCGGACCUGGGAUGGAUGAUCGAUAUAACCGGAUGGGCCUAUAAUGGCUUGCGCCCUUCCGUACAGCCUCACUGCCUCAUCGUUCGUUGUGUAUGGGUGUCGGCCUCAAGUCCUCAGCAGGUGAGCAGAGUAAGCAUGCCCAGCGUCGGAGCUUCCAAACCUGUCACACCCCAUGGCAGGUGCACCAUGGCUUUGCUCAACACGUGUACAAGUCCCGCUACCGUGAUCCGUCCCAUGACUCCCACAUCUAAUGUACACGGCGCGCUGGUGGGGCACGAGAAGCAAGCAAGGAAGCAGGCGUCGCUGGUGUAGCAUGAGGCGAAGACAAUAAACAGUACAGGCGGUGCACGGGUGCAGCGGAGGAUCUCCCCGACGCCCCGCAAGACACCGUGUAAAACCCGCCGCCA